AUGGUCUUCGCCGUUGGUGGCUUUGUCUGCAUUACCUCCAUCAUCCGCCUUCGAUCUUUGUAUGAGAUCUCUAUCUCUCCAGACACUUCAAGGGACGGAGUCCACAUCGCCACAUGGUCUGGAAUCGAGAUCAAUGUCGCCAUCAUCUGUGCUUCUGCUCCGGCACUCAAGCCACUCAUCGCCAAGGCAUUCCCCAAAUUAUUGGCCAGUACACAACGCAGCAACAUGCGAUCUGGCCAGCUCUACGGAAGGACCGCUGGCGAGUCCCAUCACAUGCAGUCCAUGAAAAGCCGCACGGGCAAGAAGCCUAGCCAUAACAUCGCGAUUGAGACGAAGAUUGAAGUGAUGAGCCACAACGGGAGUCAGAUGGACCUGGUCAGGACAGGUGGGAAUACCACAGUCGCAGAGUGCUACUCAACCGAGGAGCGUCCCCCAGCACAGGGCCGAAGCAUGGUUUAG